CUGAAGAACAAAAGGCUUUCUUUGCCCAUUUAUUAUGUUGGGAAUACAAAUCUAUAAUAUAAAAAACAAUAGGUACAAAGAACACAACGUGGAUUCUGACAGUUGUGAUCAGGAGGGAUCAGAUUCACCUGAGCCCAGUGUUUUGUCUAUGGAGAGCAACCGAUCAAUGCAAAUGCCGGUUUACUUAAGAAAUACAACACAUCUUCCACAUCUAAGUUUGGUCGACAGAUCAGACCCUUCUAGUCCUAGUGUUUUAUCCAUGAAGAGUGACCGCUCAAUGCAAAUGCCAAUUCAUCUGAAAAAUGGAUCAAUGGAAAAAGGGUAAUGACAAUUGCUUGUUUAAGAUAAAGAUAGACAGAACAGUGGGUCAUCAGGGCAGUAAAACAGCAAUAAGGAUUCAGAUUUAAAAAAAAAUUUGGACCCUCAUCGAUGCUUUUUAGGCAAUCUUUACUAAAAUACCAGAUUUCUUCUUUAUUCAAAUCUACCAAUGGUAAGUUUUGCUUUCAGUCUCCAGCAGGAGAGAUCAGACUCAUCUUCCCCAAGUGUUUUGUCUAUGAAGAGUGACCGGUCAAUGCAAAUGCCAAUUCAUCUAAAUGAACCACCUCCACUGGGACUAAGGUAUUCACUAACAAAAUCAGGUCAGGAUGCUCUGAAGACUGGCAGCUUUCCUGGAGAAUUCAUUCAUCAAUGUGAUUCAAAAAGUCCCGACGUCAAGAUUCAUAGAUUAAAAACAGAAAUAAAAAAGAAGCAACUGUACAUUUUUGAAGGAUUUGAAAUGCAGGGAAACCCAAAACUUCUGAAUGACAUCUACAUAGAGCUCUACAUCACAGAGGGAGGGAAUGGACAGAUCAGUAAUGAGCAUGAAAUUAAAAGAAUAGAAAAAACUUUGAAGGCUCCUGCAGGAGCAACGAUACCAAUCAAAUGCAAUGAUAUUUUUAGAGCUUUACCUGGACAAGACAAACCCAUCAGAACUGUGCUGACAAAGGGAGUCGCUGGCAUUGGAAAAACAGUCUCUGUGCAGAAGUUCAUCCUGGACUGGGCUGAAGGGAAAGAGAAUCAGGACGUCCAGCUCAUAUUUCCUCUUCCUUUCAGAGAGCUCAAUCUGAUGAAAGACAAAACACUCAGUCUUUCAGAUCUUCUUCAGAUGUUCUUCCCUGAAACAAAAGACAUGAAAAUUUUCAGUGAUGAAUAUAACGUGUUGUUCAUCUUUGAUGGUAUGGACGAGUGUCGUCUGUCUCUGGAUUUUCAGAGUGAUGUGAGGUUGUGUGAUGUAAGUGAAUCAGCAUCAGUAGACGUGCUGCUGACGAACCUCAUUGUGGGGAAUCUGCUUCCCUCUGCUCUCAUCUGGAUCACCUCCAGACCAGCAGCAGCUGAUCUCAUCCCCUCUGAGUGUGUCCAUCGACUGACAGAGGUACGAGGCUUCAAUGACCCACAGAAGGAGGAAUACUUCAGGAAGAGAGUCAGUGAUCAGAGUCUGGCCGAGAGGAUCAUCUCACACCUGAAGUCAUCAAGGAGCCUCUUCAUCAUGUGCCACAUCCCAGUGUUCUGCUGGAUCUCAGCCGCUGUUCUGGAGAAGAUGUUGAGUCGAGCAGAGAGUGGAGAGAUUCCCAAGACUCUUACUCAGAUGUACACACACUUCCUGAUGGCACAGAUUAAUAUUAAAGAAACAAAGUACAAUGAGAGCAAAGACAAAGAAAUGAUUUUCAAACUAGGGAAACUGGCAUAUGAGCAGCUGGAUAGAGGCAACCUGAUCUUCUAUGAGGAAGACCUGAGAGAGUGUGGCAUUGAUGUGACAGAAGCAUCAGUGUACUCAGGAUUGUGCACUCAGAUCUUCAGAGAGGAGUCUGGCUUGUAUCAGGGGAAAGUCUUCAGCUUUGUUCAUCUGAGCAUUCAGGAACAUCUAGCAGCUCUAUAUGUGCACCUCUCCUUCCAAAACAGCAGAAUAAAUGUGCUUGAAGCACAUGAAUCUGGAACGCCGGUGACAAUGUUGAGUUUACACAAGUGUGCAGUUGAAAAAAAUUUAAAAAGUAUGAAUGGGUAUCUUGAUCUUUUCCUUCGAUUCCUGAUUGGACUUUCUCUGGAGUCAAAUCACAGUCUAUUAGAAGGGCUUUUGGUGACAAAGACAGACAGCUCCCUGGAAACAGAGAAAACUAUUGAUUAUCUCAAGCAGAAGCUAAAAACAAUCCUUUGCUCAGAAAUGGCUCUUAUUUUGUUCCACUGUCUGAAUGAACUCAAUGAUCAUUCCCUCAUUACUGAAAUCCAAAGCUACCUGACUUCUGGAAAACUGAACAGCGAAGCUCUGUCCCCAGAUCUCUGGUCGGCUCUGGUGUACAUCUUAAUGACAUCAAAUGAGAAGUUUGAGGAUUUUGAACUUUGUAACUAUGGAAGAUCAGACACUGCACUGUAUUGGCUGCUUCCUGUGAUCAAGGUGUCGAAAAAGAUCUGGUUGCAUGACUGUAAUAUCACAACCAGAGGAUGUGUAUCACUGUGUAUGGUUCUGCCAUCACUAUCCAAUGUGAGAGAGCUGGACCUGAGCAAAAACACCCUGCAGGAUGCAGGGGUAGAAAUACUCAGCACAGGAGUAAAAAACUCAUGCUAUGCACCAAAACUAAGGGAGGAAUGGUUAAGCAGUAAUCAAAAUGAACAAGAUAAUCAGCUUAAGUAUGAAGCUUUCCUAUGUCUCACUGCAGGGCUACAGGAUACGGACUGUAGACUGGAAUCCUUGAAUCUUAAGAACUGUGGAGUAACAGAAGCAAGCUGUGUUUACCUGAGCAAAGCUCUGAGUUUAAACCCUUCUCAUCUGAAAGUUUUGGACCUGAGCUGGAACAACAUUGGAGACUCUGGAGUGAAACAUCUCUGUGCUGCUGUGGUUAAAAUUCACUGUGCAUUGGAAACAAUAAAGUUGGACAAAUGUGGAAUCACUGAGAUAAGCUGCACUGCUCUGGCUUCAGCUCUCAGCUCAAAGACCUGCAGUCUGACACAUCUGGAUCUGAGCAUUAAUGAUCUACAAGAAUCAGGAGUGAAGAAGCUCUGUGCUGGACUGCAGCAGCCUCACUGUAAACUACAGAAGCUGAGGUUGUCCAAGUGUAAUGUAACACAUGAAGGAGUGACAGCACUGACUGAAGCUCUGAAAUCACAUCCAUCCCACCUGAAAGAACUCGAUCUGCUUGAGAAUGAUCUGGAAGAAUCAGACUUGAAUAUGCUUGCCAUUAUACUGGAAAAAAACACUAUAAAACAGCAAUCCUUAAGAUAACUCUAGGAAUAAGCACUCAAGCGUUUAACAUUGUGAGAAGUUAUCAUGCAUGAUACAGUGAUAGCAUCUGACCUAAAGAGAUAUAUUGUUCACCCAAAAUGAAAAUUCUGUCAUCAUUCUGUUUACUCACUCUCAUGUUGUUCCAAACCUGUUUGGUUGUUUUGGUGAGCACAAAAGAAGAUAUGUUGAAGAAUGUUGGUAACCAAACAGCUGAUGGUAUUGACUUAAAGCUUUUUUUCCCCCAUACUAUGCAAGUAAAAUGCUACCAGCAACUGUUUGGUUAAAUUAUGUGAAUAAUGACAGAAUUAAAAUUUUUGUAUGGACUAUGUCUUUAGAAUAAAGACAAAUCACAAUUUCUAUGGACUGAGAGUUCAGAUAGCAGGUUUUUAUAAAGGCUUAAACAGUUUUUAAAGUAUGUAAUAUAUACUUUCAUGGUUAUGAAUAUGCUUGUUGUAAAAACAAAAUGGACUUUUAGUUCGUUUUCUUCCCUUAGGUGUUCCUUGACAUAGUUUUCCCUCGUGAUUGAUUAUGUCAUCAUGUCAUCGUCACAUUUGUCUGUGUAUUUAAGUUCCUGUCUGUUCUAUUAGUGUUUUUCGGGUCUUAAACACUGAUUGUGUAUAUUUGUUGCUGUUCUCUCUCUGUGUGGAUUAUUACCCUUUUGGUUUAUUAAGAUUACCUUCUACCUUCAUCUUUGUGUGAUCGUGUGAUGUACUGUAGCAAUCUGUGACAGUUGUAACGUUAACUAAUAUGACCUUAUUGUAAAGUGUGAGUUAUACUUAU